AUGCAUCUCCUGAAGGAGAGCAACCCAGAGAGUCACUCUAUACGCCUGCUGAAAGGCAAGCGGGUCUUGGGGGUCAUCCUACUACAUGAAGCGGCAAGCAUAUACACAACCACCCCCCCCCCCCGCACGGCUAACAAAGCGAGAAAGCGCAAGAAGCCACAGCGGCAGGCAACGCUCUUCCGACAAGCCCAGCAGCAUGGACGCUACUACCCACCUCGACCACGGAGAUCCAGACUCCCUCGGCAGGAGCAGCAUGACCCAGAGGUAGUCCCCUUAAGCUGCCUGGCACACAAGAACGUCGGCCCAUGGAGGUCACCAUCUUUCCUAGUUCGACGCCACACACGGAAGGAGCAAGAAGGGGAGGCAGAACCCGGUACCAAGCUACCUCAUCAGACUCGGACUCUAAGUGGCAUAGGCUAA